AUGAAGCUUCUUGCACUUACCUCUGGCAUCCUCGCACUAGCCUCUGGCACCGAGGCAUGCAUUCGUGUCCACGCAUACCUGCACAACGAUCCCGUCGUUGGAGACGGCAUGAAGAUUCAAAUUUACGAGGGCCACCGCCGCAUCUGCAACACGGGCGCGCACAAGUACCUGGCGAGCGACCAGACCAAGUGGAACGUCAAGUGCGAAGGCGACAACUUUGAGGUCGAGCUCACCGACGACGGGAAGAAGGGAACCGUCCGGAAGCACAGCAUCGACUACAAGACCGACCUGGACGCCAAGGAGACCAAGCACAAGGUCGAAUGCACCUACAAGACAGGCCAGAACGAACGCUGCGCAGGCUACACCUCGUGGACGGAAACGACGCUGGUGGACAAGGGCGGCGACUGUGACGAAGAGUUUAGCAUGAAAAACUGCGGUUCGCCCGAGUGUGACCUCACGGAAAAGGACAAGACGCCCGCGAAACCAGUCAAACCCAAGCAAGGCUUGAAGGAGCCCAAGCAAGGCACGCCAAAGGGUGAGCGCCGCCACCGUAGAUUUUAA